CGUCAUUGAAAUACCUCUUGAAUGUGGACCUUUGAGGCUCAAGAACUUUAUGUGGUAGAGGGGUAAAGGGGUUCUACUUUGCGCAAGACAUCAUAUCGAAAUCGUCGACUCAUUACCCGACCAUCUAUCUAUCUAUCGCCUCAUUACCCGAUCUGACACCACACACGGAAUUAAUCAAAACAGCGCGCUGCAAAAGCUACCUAUCGAUCUAUGUACUGAAUACUGUAAGUUCGGGCGCUGAGAACUUCCUUGGCGGCAUACAAGUACCGACUUUUAUAUCACAACCCUGACCAACACCUGGCAUCCUUCCCUUCCUCCCAUCUUUCCCCUUCACUGCUCGACUCCGCCCUGAAAGUAUCAUGUCCGGUACGGAGGAGGUCUUCGUCAAGGAAAUUCGGGAGGCCUACUUCAAUGCAUGCAACUUUGAGUCGUUGAUGCGAGGUAUCCAUAUCGCGGUUGUCAUUUCAGCGAUUUCCAAGAUAUAUGCAGGAAAUAAAAGCGGCCCACGAAGGCACAUAACUGCCCUCCUCAUUAUAAUCCUCUUCGUGCUUUCUACGAUCCAUAAUGCUGCGUAUUGGGCAUAUGUCCGCCGCGCUUUCAUUGCCCACGGGGAAACUGCUCAAUCAACCGCGAGUGCACUCAACGAUUAUCCAACGUGGUUCACGGGCAUAACGUCAGUCUCGGAUGCGAACGCAGUCCUAGCGGAUUGCAUUAUAAUUUGGAGGACGUGGGUAGUUUGGGGACAGAGUUGGCGGGUGAUUGUCCUUCCUAUCAUCUCCACGAUGCUGAUGACCGCCUUUUCAAUCAUUGCGAUUUAUCAGACCGUCACAUCCACAAGUUUCGGCGCUGUGGGUGUCGACUACGCCACAGCUCUCUACGCCUCAACCCUCGCCACAACGAUUUUCUGCACGAGCGCCAUCGUUUACAAGGUCCUGAAGAUUGGAGGUUCGAGUAGUUUCCGCACCUACCGAGGUGUAGUGGAGGUUCUGGUCGAGUCGUCGAUGUUGUAUUGUAUAGCGACUCUUUUCGCGUUGAUCGCCUAUGUGAAAAGUGGUCCAGCAUCGGAGUUUGCGUCGGCCUUCUGGACCAGCGUCACGGGAAUUGUACCGACUUUACUUGUCGCGCGUGUGGCCUCUGGCGAGGCUCGUCCCAACGAUACUUGGAAUCGGACCACGAAGAAUACCCACGUUGGCCAGAUAUCGUUUAUGAGAGAAUCACAGAAUUCAAGACCGACCACCGAAGGGUACGAGCUUCAUCAGCAUACAAGGCCUGAUCCUUUUGCGAUUGGAUAUGCGGAUUUUGAAGAGGGCGAGCGUUCUGCCAUUUCUGGAGGUGGUUCGGAUGGGAAGCUACCCAUCCAUCCAAAAUACGAAACCCCCGUCUAGGACUUGCUAUGCUGCAACUAUACCGUACGGGGUACCCAUAUCUGCUGCCUUAAAUGUAUCAAUAAUAUUAUUAAGUUAGUACAAAUGCUUUAGCCCCAUCCAUUCUCGGUUACAG